AUGAAGAUAGCAGUAGAAGGAUGCAUGCAUGGCGACCUAGACAAAGUCUACGAAACAAUCAAACACAUCGAAUCUCAAAACGACACCAAAAUCGACCUCCUUCUCUGCUGCGGCGAUUUUCAGGCCGUGAGAAACGAGAGAGACAUGGAGAGUUUGAACGUGCCGUUAAAAUACCGCGAGAUGAAGUCGUUUUGGAAGUACUAUUCAGGGCAAGAAAUUGCUCCGGUUCCUACGAUAUUUAUCGGUGGAAAUCAUGAAGCUUCUAAUUAUUUGUGGGAAUUGUUUUAUGGCGGAUACGUGGCGCCUAAUAUAUAUUUUCUGGGAUUUGCUGGUGUGAUUAAGUUUGGGAAUAUCAGAAUCGGUGGACUUUCUGGUAUUUACAAUGCUCGAAAUUAUCAAACAGGACAUCAUGAGAGGGCGCCAUAUAAUGAGAGGAGUAUAAGGUCGGUGUAUCAUGUUCGAGAGUUUGAUGUGCAUAAACUGAUGCAAGUUGAGGAACCAAUUGAUAUUUUUCUUUCACAUGAUUGGCCUGUUGGGAUAACUGACUGUGGGAAUUGGAAGCAGCUUGUUCGGUAUAAACCGUACUUUGAAAAAGAGAUUCAAGAAAAAACUCUCGGAAGUAAAGCUGCUGCUCAACUGCUGGAAAAAUUGAGACCCUCAUAUUGGUUUUCUGCUCAUCUGCACUGCAAAUUUUCUGCUGUUGUUCAGCAUGGUGAAGGUGGCCCUUUGACAAAAUUUCUUGCACUUGAUAAGUGUCUUCCUCGUCGCAAAUUUUUACAGGUUAUUGAAAUAGAAUCAGAGCCUGGACCUUUUGAAAUUCAAUAUGAUGAAGAAUGGUUAGCCAUAACGAGGAAGUUCAACUCUAUCUUUCCAUUGACAUUUAAAAAUGCAAAUUUUGGGGCUACACAGCUUGAAAUGGAAGAUUGUCGGCAAUUGGUCGGGAGCAAGCUACAAGAAAGAGGGACCAAACCAUUUGAAUUUACACAGACUGCUCCACCUUUUGAUCCCACUCAAUCUAACCCACAUGGUUCCUUUUCUGGAUGUCCUAGGAAUCCUCAAACAGAAUCUUUGUUGCAGCUUUUGGAACUUCCGUAUCUCCUGGACAGCACAUCAGAAUCAAGAGAAGGAAAUUGUAGUCCUAGUGCUGCCCAAUCAAUUCAGAGAGGUUCUUUGCUUAUUAACAGUGAAGAAAUUCCUAUUGAUGAUGUGGAUGAAUUAGAAGAACUUGAAGAAGCUGGUGAUAUGGAUACUGGAAAUGAGUAA